CUGGUCGCUGUUACCGCUCCCUGGCUCCUGCUCCUGGGUGAAUUUGACUGGACGGCAGGAGUUUCUCAGACCACCGCAAUAGCCUUGGCAGUCGCGGUCGUCAUAAUUUUUGGUGGAUUCCUAGUGGUGUUCACGCUGCUCGCCACCUGGAAAGGAUUUUCCGGCGUGGUGGAGCGGAUGCUGGCGUUUCUGCCGGGCAAGCUCGGGGUUGUGGGUCUGAGAUUCUUCGCGUCGUUUGUUUCCGCGCUCGCCAUCCUGAAUUCGCCGCGCAAGCACCUGGCGCUGGUGGCAUUGUCGGCACCCAUCUGGUUUUGUGAAUUCCUCGUUUAUCUGCUGGUGUCCUAUUCCUUCGAUUUGGGCUCCCACUUCGAAUCGGCGGGCGUCUAUUUGCUGGCCGUAGCGCUACUCACCGCCACCUCGAAUCUGGCCACCGGCAUACCCAGCGCCAUAGGCGGUAUUGGUCCUUUCGAGGUCGUCGCCCAGCAGACCCUCGUCGCCCUGGGGGUAGGAGUCGGUGUGGCAGUGGACUACGCGCUGGUAGUGCACCUGGUGGCCCUGUGGCUGCCGGUAAAUGUCGUUGGCCUGGCUAUCCUCUGGAAGCAGAACCUCAACCUGCGGCAACUGACCAGCGCUCCCGACACUGAACCAGGCGACCAGUCCGCUUCUGAUCCGUCGGAGGGAAGUCCUGCCGCCAAUUCAUCCCCGGCGGGAGGUGGCUAG